AGCGUAUGCCUUCUUCAGGACUGCUGUGAACUUGGCCAGACAAAAUGGGUGGAAGGGCAGAAGGAGCAUUUUUUCUCUGAAAACAUCGGUGCGCUAAAGCUCCAAACAGGAGAAGUAAAUCCAGUCAGCUUGUCAGGUCACUGGCUCAGUGUAAAAGUGCUUUCAUGAGGUAACGUUGGGCCAAAGUCAACUUCUCUUUCUCCUUUGUAAAUCUGCAGCCAAGCAAUGGGCCAGAAAAUCUCAGGGAGCAUAAAGUCUGUGGAUGUGAGGGAGCCCCCUUAUAGACCUGUUAAACGAGAGCUGAGAGGCCCGGAUUUUUGCAAGCCAGCGCGAUUGGACAUGCUGUUGGAUAUGCCCCCUGCCAAGCUGGAGGUCCAGUAUAAACAUGCUUGGAACAAUGAAGAUCGCUCCUUAAAUAUAUUUGUAAAGGAAGAUGAUAAACUGACUUUUCAUAGACACCCAGUUGCCCAAAGCACAGAUUGCAUCCGGGGCAAAGUUGGCUACACGAGAGGCCUGCACGUCUGGCAAAUCCACUGGCCUACGAGGCAACGGGGAACUCACGCUGUAGUGGGCGUCUCCACAGCCGAAGCUCCGCUGCACUCGGUGGGAUACACGUCGCUGGUUGGUAGCAAUGGUGAAUCGUGGGGCUGGGAUCUGGGGCGCAACAAACUCUACCACAAUUGUAAAAACCAGCCUGGGGUCACAUAUCCUGUCUUUUUGGAACCGGAUGAGUCUUUUGUACUCCCAGACUCCUUACUGGUGGUUUUGGAUAUGGAUGAAGGGACGCUUAGCUUCAUGGUAGAUGGACAGUAUCUUGGAGUGGCCUUCAGGGGACUAAAAGGGAAAAAACUUUACCCCAUAGUCAGUGCAGUUUGGGGGCACUGUGAAAUUACGAUGAGAUACAUCAACGGACUUGACCCGGAACCCCUGCCUUUAAUGGACUUGUGCCGAAGAUCAAUUCGUUUUGCUCUUGGCAGAGACCGCCUGCAUGACAUAGAAAUUCUACCUUUGCCUCUGUCUCUGAAAAAUUAUUUACAGUACCAAUAAGACGUCUAGAACCCUCUGGCCUCAUGUUGGACUACAUCAAUGCAAAUGGCAGAAAAUUGUUUACAGCAAAAUAUAAAUCUUCAUGAUGGACACUUAAGUGUUAUUUAAUUUUUAAUAUAUAUUUUUUUCUGAACCAGUGGAAGCGGAUCACUGUGGGGGACUAUUAAAGAAUGUGAAAACAUUGGUUUGAUUGAGAUUCGUGUAUUAUCUGUUGCCUGGUGUGUUUACAGUCCUGAAGGCCAUUAUUCUCAUCUGUCAUAUAUUGGUUUAUCUUCGUUGCCUCUGGUAAAUGCCAAUAGAAAAUCUGACCUCCAAGAUCCACUGUCAUGCAGGACAGAGCAUUCUUCAAUAAUGUGAUGAUUUUUUUUCUUUUUUUCUCUCUCCUACACCUUACUCCAAUAGAUAAAAAUAAAUUAGC